AUAAAACCACCUCCACCGACCAUGUGUCAGGUCUCCGUGACUUCAUUUUACAGCUAUGAAGAGGUUCUGCACUGUGCUGGCCUUUCUGGCCUUUCUGGUCGUCUCACACGCUAUUCACAGUCUAUGGGACGAAUCUACAAGAAAUGGGAAUAGAAGUAAAUACAUGCGACAUACAUACAGGAUUCCCUUGAUUAGAGGGAAGUCAGCCAAGGACCUGCUGGAGGAGAAAGGCCUCUUUGAAGAGUACAGGAAGAAGUUUUCAUACAAUCCAUCUGCAAGGUUUCUUUCCGGAAGUGACCUGAAUGUGUUGCCCUUGACCUUUGACCCUUAUCUCACGUAUUACGGAGUGAUCGGCAUCGGGACUCCACCUCAGUCAUUUAAAAUCCUGUUUGACACCGGCUCCUCUGACCUGUGGGUUCCCUCUUUGAACUGCACCAGCCCUUCCUGUGACAAUCACGCGAAAUUCAACAGCUCAGCGUCCUACACGUUUCAGGCCAAUUCCAGGCCGUUCCACAUUUCAUACGGCAGUGGGUUUGUUUCAGGGAGCACAGGCUACGACACCGUAAAGGUAGGCAAUAUCUAUGUGAGGAACCAGCUGUUUGGCCUCACUGAGACAGAGGCCCUUUUCCUGGGGUUUAUGCCCUGGGAUGGGAUUCUCGGACUCGCCUUCCCGGGCUUGUCACAGGAGGGAGGCACACCCGUGUUUAACAACAUGUGGAACCAAGGCCAUCUCCUCCAGUACAUGUUCUCCAUCUACCUGACCAGCUCCGUAGAGGGCAGCAUGUUAAUUCUGGGAGGAACAGACCCGGCAUAUUACGCCGGAAGCAUUCAGUGGAUUCCCCUGUAUCACGCUUCUAACUUUUGGAACAUCCUAGUAGAAAGCAUCACUAUCAAUGGGAACAUCGUUGCCUGCUCUGCGGGCUGUGAGGCAAUAGUUGACUCUGGUACGUCUGAAAUCAUCGGCCCAAGCAGAGAUAUCGACAACAUCAACGGCUGGUUGGGAGCCAACACCAACCAGUACGACGAAGCCGUCGUCGGUUGCGACACCUCUAAACUGUUGCCCGACAUUGUCUUCAAAAUCAACGGCUACAGCUUCUCUCUUCCUGCAUCGGCCUACAUCAUACAGACUGGGUCCGGGUGCAGGACGGGGUUUGCGACCGGCUCCUGGAUCCUGGGCGAGGUGUUCAUGCGGCAUUUCUACACGGCCUUCGACGUCGGCAACAACAUGGUGGGCUUUGCUCAGGCUGUGUGAAUAAACCUGAAGGUCUGGGUCAGUGGAACAUGACGAUUGUCAGAGGCUGUGGUCAUAUUCAAAGAGCAACUCUUUUUUUAUAAACAUGACUCACGCAUAACUAGUAUUCAUGCUUGUGUAUAUGGAAUUAAUAAAACGUUGCCACCCUGAA